GGUGAAUGUCAGAUUUUUAAUUUCGUUCUCUCGCGUUCGCACCGAGUAACGAAUGACGAUUCCCCGGACUGUUUAUAAUUUAUUUCCUGCCGAUUAACAGUAAAAUCGUCUACAUCUUCGGCGUCUUUAUUUUAUCAAAAACAUCAACUUUGAGGUCACAAUCAGUAGUCAAAUAAGACAACUCAGUUUCCUGUGCCAAAUAGGAAGAAAGUAUAGUGUUUUCUAAGCGCGCUUCUAAUAAAAUUACGCUCAAUAUACUUAAUCAAUCAGUGAAAAAUGAGAACUGAUUAAUGCGAUUUUCCCGCACGUGAAAACAGACGUAACAAGUGGUAUCAAAUCUGUGUUCAAAUUGAUUGAAGACGUGUUUUUAUUAACUUGAAGAAAAUGGAUAAAAUUAAGUUAUUGUGGUCAAAAACCAACCGGUGGCAUAGAGGUUUCUUCGUCUUCCUGCUAGUAGAGUUGCGAGUGUUCCCGGAACGUCAGCUGGGGUUCCAGUGCAAUGACCCCGCGCUGUCACACCCCUUCACGGGAGAUACCAUCAGUUGGAAGCUGUUAUUGGCCACCACUGUUAUCCUGCCUUUAGUUGUUAUGCUUCUAGUAGAAAGGAAAUACCACAAUGACAAGUCAGGGAAGUCAAAGCAAGCUAUGUUCUGGUUCAAGGAGUAUUUAUUUGGACUACUCGUCAAUCUUGGGACCGUGCAGACUUUGAAACUCCUUGUGGGGUCGCCUAGACCUCACUUCUUUGAUACUUGCAGCCCUAAGGAGGCUCUCACUUGUCAAGGGACAGAAUAUGUACCAAAGUACACAUGUACGAAGGCGCACUGGAUCAGCCAAUCAGACAAGAGCUUUCCGUCCGGACACACUUCUCUAGCUGUUCACACGGCGAUAUUUCUCGCAUACUACCUCUACCGGCGUACAAUAACUCGCAGCAACAAGAUACUACUGUUACAAGUAGUGCUGCUAUUAUCUGCAGCCGUGUGUAGCGUGUCUCGCAUGUGGGACCACAGGCAUCACUGGUGGGAUGUGCUCGCUGGCGCCACUAUAGCCAUACCUGUGCUGCUCUACACUAUAUAUUCCCUGUGUGACAACUUCGAAUGCAAGAUGGCAGCCGCCGAGUGCCCAUCUAAAGUGGAAUCUGACGUUGGCGACACGCCGCUUGUAAGCCCCAAAGAGACGUAGUCAAUUAUUUAUUUAAAAUAAUACUAUUUUAAGUAAUAACGCUAGUUGAGAAAAAAAAAAACAAGCACCCUUAUUCGCAAAAAUAAUGGACAAGUUUCAUAUUUUAUUCAAAGAGGUAUACUUUGCUGCAUUAAAAAAAAAAACUUUUAAGAUAAUUGUGACUACGCAAUGUAUAUCAUUGAAUUCUCAAAAUGAAAGUUUUUUUUAAUGUGAGUAGGGUGCUUGAUUUUUUAAACUAAUAAAUCUGAAACAUUACCAGUACAUUUUAAAAGGGUAUGCCUAAACUUUCAGUGAUCUACAUACCUAAAAGUACCGAUUUUGACAGUGAGUGUCUUUUUUUGUGAUAAAAUAUCAUAGUUACAUGAAAUAGUUUUUAUUUGUGGGACGUAAACUUUGAAUUUGAAUCGCCACAUGUCGCAAAAAAGAACACUUUUAACAGAAUGUGUCUUUGAAACUUGACCAGGCAAAAAAGUGGUGAGUAUUCUAUAGAGACUUAGAGACUAUCACUAUAUUUUUCAAGGAAAUUUGGGAUAUCUGUGAGUCAUUUCAAAUCAAAUAAUUAUGUUGAUUUCUGACAGUGUGUAAUGCUGGUCAUUGCCUUCAUUAGUCCAAUUUUAUUUAUUUUUAUUUCUAAGCUUUAACGGUAUUAUCUUGUGAUUUCAAAACCUGGUUUUUAGAGAUUAGAGUAUAAAAUACAUUAAAUGUAUGGGAAGUAUAUGUAUAGUGAGUUUUUAGAGUGCAAUUUGUGUUACGCGGUUAAAGCAAGUAGUUACGUAAAUGCUUCAUAAUGCACAUUACACAUUAUUAUAUGUAUAUCAUUAUGUAUUAAGUAGUAACUUAAAAUUAUAUUCGUUACUGGAUUAUGUGUGACUGAGUCACGCUCACGACAAAAUGGUUAUCUGAAUAAUACCAGACGAUUAUGUGUAUCCCGAAAAUACAAAUAAUCUAAGACUAUAUUCACAUAUGUAUGUAAGAUUAAUAUGUAAUUUUCUCACGGUUAACCAUUUAACUUUUUAUUACAAAAAAAUGUGAUAUGAUAAAACAAAAGAUUGACCCGUUUGACUGCUAACUAACAGUAGUUUUCACGAUAGAAGUUAUCCUGUAUCGAAUAACGACGAAAAAAAAUAAUAAUGCUGCUUCGAAAGGUAAAUUACAUAAUAUUGAAUAGUGUGACAUAAUGCAAGCGCCUUUGCUAUAUUAUAAGUGAAAAUGCAAUAACUUGUACCAAUUGUGAACUACACCAAAUAGUACAUUGUAUAUUGACUAAGAGAAACUAAUAUUUAUUUUGUAUGAGAUGUAUUUUUAUUUAUUUUUUAUCAUGCAUGUAUUAAAGGUGGUUUAUUUUU